UUGUCAAACAGAAUGGGAAUAGUAGUCCACAGUCGACGACGACGAGCUUCCUGAUUUGGUCACUGAUAACCAAAGACAACUUGCCGUGUUUUGAUUGACUCGUGUUUACUUUCGGGAUCGCUUGAGCAGUAUAAGAAACAGUUGCUUUAGGUGUGAGUUAUAUUACGUGUGCGCGGUGCGCGCGCUCUCUCUCUCUCUCUCUCUCUUUCUUUAUCCCAUUGACCAGUGACUGACAAUUAAUACACAAGUAUCUCUUGCUUAAUGGACGCCCGGUGGGUGUUGAAAUUCCUUAUAUGCCACAGCGUUAAAAACGGCGGGAGCGUAAGGCAGUGAUUUACUCAGCUCAUGCGAACAAAAAAGAUAUACAGCGCAUGAAAAACCGAAAAAAGGGACAAUGCUUAUUUACAGUGCCUGGUGUGAUACGCUAGGAUCAAAGUGAAAGAGUUUUACAUACGUAUACAUGUAUAAAUGAACUGACCCAGAUAACGAAGACUGAAUCAAUGUUCUGUGCAUGUUAGAGGAGCUUUAAGCAGUACCCUUUGGACUCUUCGGCGACACGCAAUAUCGCCAACCAGAAAAAUGCCAACCAUAAGGAAAAUUGGAUAUUAUACGACACUUUCGGUUUUAUUAAUUUUCUUGAUCAGGGCUUGUUUUCCAUUACUUGUGUUCAUUCAGGAGACUUUAUCUACUUGGAGUUUGGUCACUGCACUUUGUUUGGGUCUGGCGUUAAUUCUCAUACCUUGGCCCAGGGGAACGGUCUCACCAGAGGACAAGGCUGUUUUGAUUACGGGUUGUGACAGUGGCUUUGGGCACAGUUUGGCCCUGAAUCUGGACAGACAGGGCUUUACUGUUUUCGCUGGUUGUCUGUUUUCGGACCGCGAGGGCGCAAGAAGUUUGAAAGAAAAUUCCAAAAACAUCCAAGUGGUACAACUGGACGUGACUGAUGAUUGGCAGGUCCGGAAGGCCGUCCAGACCGUCAAAGAAAAUCUGAACGGAAAAGUUCUGUGGGCUCUGGUGAACAACGCUGGCAUAGCAACGUUCCAGGAAAUAGAAUGGUGCUCCGUCACGCAAUUCCAACAGAUAAUGGACGUCAACGUCAUUGGCGUUGUCAGGGUUACCAAAGCGUUUUUGCCGCUUCUACGCGGAGGAGAGGGGCGUGUGAUUAACGUGGCUAGUCUGGCAGGUCGUUUUACAGUUCCUGCCUUUGCUGCUUAUUCCAUGUCAAAGAAAGCUUGUAUAGCAUUUUCUGACGGACUCCGACAAGAAAUGGCCAAAUUUGGGGUCAAGGUCAUCACUAUAGAACCCGGAUUAUAUAGAACUCCAAUCGUUGAAUCGGAUUAUCUUAUAAAUGCCAACCGGAGGUCGUGGGCAGAGACUCCUUCAGAGGUCAAGGAGGUUUAUGGAGAGGAGUAUUUCGAUGCGUUCUGUAAGAGCAUCAGCUUGCACAUGCGCCGCGCACGUAGCAACGUUGGGGAGGUCGUCAAACAAAUGGAAGAGGCCGUUACAUCGGCCAAUCCAAAGCAUCGUUACGUACCGUACUGGAUGUCGGAUUUAAGGGCAACUAUUCUGGGUGCACUGUCGGAUGAAACUAGGGAUAAGUUUUUCCUUAGCACGUACAAACUGCCAACAAAACCAGCUCAGGCACCCAAAAGUUUUUCCCGGCAAAACUCCCAUUCGCCAACUUUUAACCUUACUCUGAAAAAUGUAUUCAGACAAAAUUCUGAGUCUAAAAAACCUUAAAAGACAUUGGACAAUUUGGGGGGAAUUUUUUCACACAGACAAUCCGUCUAGGAUAUUAAAGCCUGCAGUUUUGAAAAUGUUUGAAUUCACAACACAAACAAACAAUUUGAAGAUUAAUAUGUUGUUGUUGGCCAACCUUGUGGUUCAGGUGUGCUUCAAAGCAACGCGUCUGUUUACCUGUAAACAUUUCCUUUUGAAUCAUUUGUUUUUUAAAUAUCACUGGCAAUGUUGCGUCAUUUUUUAAAAUCUUGGUUGUCUCUGUUUCUGCGUUGUGUAUAUAUUUCAACACUGAUAAAAUCGGUGU